ACUUAUUACUGCGCCAUUCGAUCGAUCAGUGGGACCCAGUUAAGAUGCUCGACUGGUGUUUAUUCUGUGUGCUCCUCUUGCCGCUGGUGCAGAUGGAGACUACAUCGCAACUUCUGAACCUCAGUGCGAGGAACUUCCAACUGGAUUUCCUGCGAGAUCUAGACGACCUGGUGAAACAGCGGGCCGAGCUGAGCCUCAACAAUUAUCUAGAUCGACUGGGUAGCAAUCCGAAGAAUGCAAACUAUACGACUGAGCUAAGUGAGGCCCGUGCGACGUCGAAAUUUCAGUCAAAGGUGACGCUUAUCAAGCAGCUGCUCGAUAGGCAGCCUCAUUUAGCCACGGAUCUAGAGCCCACCUUCGUCCUGCGCAACCUGAUCUUUCUGAACCGAUUGAAAUCCACGCUAAGGGCCUCCAAGGAUGCCAGCAAUCAGGAGAUCCGGCUAAUGCGAAUGCAUCGUCUUUGUCAGCAAUUCGACCUCAAGGAAGCACAUCCCUAUCAAGAGAGUCGACUCAUAAACGAAGAAACUAUCGGAAAAGCGUUGGAGCAGCUCAAUCUCACCAGAAGUGAGGUCAAUUCUACGGGCCUGGACCUGAACGAGUUUGGGGCGCAGCUGUACGAGCGAGUCAAGCUGUCGGGCGCCGAGAUUAUUGACAACUAUCUGAAUAUUCUGCGCUCCAUGCUCCAGGAUAUCAUCGAAGGCGAUCAGGGGGAACUGGCUGGGAGCAGUGACAAACUGGAGAAUAUGCUGCAGCAGCUGGACGCCAUGCUGGCCACGCAGGAUUUCUUUGAGAAGCGCCAGCGGGUUUACGCCUACAUGGAGCUCCAACUGAGCACCGAUUACGAGAAUAUGCGAGAUUCGGCUAGAUCUCAGCAUCUUACCGAAACGCUUCUCGCCCAGCUGAAGGCCAAGGGCCUCGAUCUCUUCGUCAUCUUUUUGUUCAGCAACUUUGAGUUCUUGGAUCUGGUCCACAGGCACUGGGAUCAAUUGCUUCCCCAAACGGGCAGCCUGCUGUACGACGAGACCGCCCGCCAACUCUACGACCUGCAGCACCUUUAUGAGAUCUUCAAGAUGGACACAGAGUGCGAGGCCAAGUAUGAGGCAUACUCCUCUGCCCUGCGGCGGUUGAACGAGCGCACCGUGGACCAGGCUCAGCGCAACCGUCACAUCUUUGAGCUUCUCAACAACGCCGCCCGAAACGUGGGCACAGUCACCUUCAGCAUGAUCAAGGCCAAGUGCAAGGAGCUAGUUUGACCCAUGAACAUCUUCAUGUUAAAUUUAUAUCUUUAAA